GCUGCUGUACACUAGAGGUCGCUUCUGCUCUCUACAGUACUGUCUCCAUUGCUGUGCACGUAUUAUUCAUUAAACGUGCAGGAAAGUAAUACCGGCUUAUGUGCAUCCCGGCUCCAACAAAAUGGCUCUCGCAUCACCUCAAUUGUGGACACAAAUAACUUAAAGAUGUGUUACACUGAGACAUUUCCUAUUAGGACCUUCCGGCUCCUCUGUCUCUUGUUACAAAGAAAAGGAUAGAUGCUUAUGCAGGCUGAUAUAAAGCUGCCGGGAUAUUGCAGAGCGCAUGGUUACGGACUCCAACAUGGAUCAGAUCCCACCUUCAGGGUGUGCACCUGAGAGAGUGAGAGCCCAGGAUGACAUGAGUCCACUGUCUGCGGAAAUACUAAACCUGACGUUGGAGAUGAUCUACCUGCUGACUAAAGAGGAUUAUAUAGUAAUGAGGAAGCCUAGUAUAAGUAGUGCCUGUGAUUCAGGAGGAGGGAGCAGGACCCAGAGCCCCAUCACGGAUCCCCCACCUCACUCACUGACACAUGCGAGAGACAAAGAGCAGAAGAUCCUGGAACUCGCCAACAAGAUCAUUCAGCUGCUGACUGGAGAGGUUCCUAUAAGGUGUCAGGAUGCCACUGUCUAUCUCUCCAUGGAGGAGUGGGAGUAUUUAGAGGGACACAAGGAUCUCUACAAGCAUGCCAUGAUGGAGGAUGACAAGCCUCUACAAUCGUGUGACAAGGACAUCGAUCUAGAAUCACCACUAGGAUUUGCUUCACUUACGUCCUCUCCGGAUGUUUUAAGUGGAGAUCCACCUGGUUUUGAAAGUAAUCAGCAGACAGGAUAUAGACUGAGAAGGCAGAGCCCAUCUUUGAGGAAUGUCAAUGAUGGAUCUCUCCAUCUAUGGGAAGAAGACUCUAUUAGUGGAACGUGCCAGCAGGAGGACACAGACUUUACAUCUGUACUUAUCAAGGAAGAUUCUAUCUCUUGUAAUGAUAAUUUCGAAGACACUGACAUUUACGUACCCAUGGAACACAAGUCUGAUAAUGUUAAGGAGGAAAAACCCAUUGACAGAUAUUUGUACAAAGGCGCAGAGCUUAUGCAGCCAAAAGAUGCAUCAGGUGAUGCUCGGAAGCCUAGGAAAAAGAAUGGCUAUGCGCGCAGAAAGAGGAACCGCUUCUCUAUCAUGGACUGUCCCGCCUGUGGCAAGUCAUUUUGCAAUAAGGCAGCUUUUAAGUCACACCACCGAAUACCCGGCUCUGAGAAGACCUACUGUUGUUGCGUGUGUGGCAAAUGUUUCAAGGACCAACCGGGUCUCUCCAGACACCUGAAAAUCCACAUCGGGAUAAAACCGUUCUCUUGCUCGGAAUGCGGGAAACGGUUUUACAAAAACUGCCGCUUGAUCAGCCACCAAAGGACCCACACGGGCGAGAAGCCGUUCUCCUGCGCUGAGUGCGGCAAACGCUUUGCCAAUAAGACCAGCGUAUCUACACACCAGAGAUUUCACACCGGGGAGAAACCCUACUCCUGCUCCGUGUGUGGGAAAUGUUUUACGCAGGGUUCGAACCUGGUCGUGCACAUUAGGACUCACACCGGGGAGAAACCCUACUCCUGCUCCGAGUGCGGGAAGUGCUUCUCCUAUCGGCCACAACUCCUCAAACACCAAAUGACGCACACCGGAGAGAGACCGUUUUCUUGUGCUGAUUGUGGAAAGCGUUUUGCCCGCAAAACGCACCUGGUCAGGCAUCGAAGGAUUCAUACCGGGGAAAAGCCGUUCACCUGUCUGGUGUGCGGGAAACUUUUCACCAAUAAGGAAAAUCUUAUCACGCAUCAGAGGGUUCACACCAGGGAAAAGCCCUUUCCGUGCAAUGAGUGUGGGAAAAGCUUCACGUUUAAUUCCCACCUUACAGUGCACCAGAGGAUCCACACCGGAGAGAAGCCGUUUCCCUGCUCCGUCUGUGGCCGGGGAUUUAUAGAGCGGUCUCACCUGAAAAUACAUAUGAGGAUUCACACUGGGGAGCGUCCAUAUGCCUGUACCGAAUGUGAGAAGAGCUUCUCCCGUAAUUCACACCUUGCAGUACAUCUGAAGUCUCACGCCAGAGAUAGAAUGUUCUCCUGCCCUGAAUGUCAGCAGGGAUUUAGGUUCAAGGGUCAUUUAAAAAGACACAUGAAAGUUCACAAGUAGAAGAAUGAACUGGCUGCUCAGAUAAUGGAAUGAUAAUGUAUAAGUUAAAUGACUUUGCAGUAAGAUAAGGACUUCUUACCAUCAAAAAGACCUAACUCUGCCAGGUCCAGCUUCUCAGCAACAAGUUCCCAGGAUCUGGAGCUCAUAGGCCAGCCUAUAACUAGACCUUAUGGGUGGAGAAUGCCUAGUGGCCGUUACUUUAGAUGCAAGACUGCCUGCAGAUCCUGAUGAACUCUUAUUAAAUGUUCGGUACCUAGGCGCUGUCUAGUACUAGUAAAAAGGUCUUGAACUGACCAUUUAGUAUGUACCAUCUUUAACUGAAUAGCCUCACACCCUUUUUAUUUUAUUUAAUAUUAUUAUUUAAUAUCAUUAUUUGUACUGUUACUAUGAGUAAACAUUGACCUAUCUAUUGAUAUUCCAGUCAUCA